UGUGGUGGAUGGCCGGACAAUGAAAUGGAUGAAGAUGUUGCGCUUGCCCAAGCUUUGGCGAUGAGCGAAGUAGCCUAUAUGCAAGAACUUCAGCUCAGAUUCGGUUGUGAUAUCGAGGAUACUAACAACAAUGGCAGGAGAGCUUAA